ACCUCUCAAGAAAGCAAGAGAUCUACAAACAAAGAUCGUAGCAUCAUGGGAGGGGAGUCGGUGCGGCUGUACGUUCCCGGCAGCAUCCUUGGAUACAAGAGGGGAAAGCGGACGCAGUACAACCACACAUCCUUGAUACAGAUCAACGGCGUGUCCAGCAAGGAUGAGACAGAGUUCUACCUGGGCAAGAAGAUUGCCUACGUGUACAAGGCAAAGACCCUAAAGAAGGGAUCAAAGUACCGCGUGUCAUGGGGCAAGGUCACGAGGUCACACGGCAGCGUGGGAGUUGUGCGCGCCAAGUUCCGCAAGAACCUCCCUCCCAGCUCCCUGGGCGCCAAGGUCCGCGUGUUCAUGUACCCAAGCCGGAUAUGAGUCACGUCCAUGUCAGUAUGACUCACCCGCGCUGUUGGCUUUACCCGUGCCGCCUCUGGUCCUGAGGGAAACUGCGGCGCGGCGAUGGAACAGUGAUUUUGGGAGUCAGCCUGAGUGACUCACGGUGGGUUGUUGGGAAUACUAUACAUAGUAUGAUGUUCCUGGCAUCAUGCUUAUGACAGUGUCAAGACAAAAGCAGUUAGGAGUGGCGGAUCGCCAUAGGCUUGUAGAUCUAGAGGUUCAAACACAGACACAUCUACAAGAGGGCUUUGCAACAAGCAUGUAAACAGGAUUCUGCCACGGUUGC